AAAAAAAAAAAUUGUUUUGUUCGGGUCACCCGACCCUACCUAAUAAUAUACGCCGACCCUACCGUUUUUUUCGUGUCAAAAAAAAAAAAAAAAAAAAUCGAUGAAAAAUACCGUAUUAUUGAGGUACGGUACGGUACAGGUUUUAUCGCCGCUCUUAGUAACAAAAUGGCCGAUCACAUUGUCAACAUUUGCAAAACGGCGUGUGAUCUACACAAAACGGCCGAACGCCGAGAGUUUAAAAUGAUAACACAAAAAAUGUCUUUUGAAGACAUAGAAGGCAUGUAUCUGUGCCACCCGGGAGGGAUUUCAGAAGUUUCCAUAUCUUCAUCCGAAAAUGGUCCAUGGACGGCGUUAAAGGAGGACAAUUUGUAUGACGUCCCGGUCAUGGAAAUUCUUGAGAAAUUUAGAGGCUUUACCUUCUUCAGAAUAAGGUGUGUGGCAACAGACCAAUCUGACAUAGCUACAGACAAGAACAGCGAAGUUGAUACUAGCAAAAUAGGGGCCAGGAAUGCUUUUGAAAUCCUAAUGCAGGCAGAAAAAAAUACUCCUACACUUCCUAAGAAACGAACUACCAGUAGCGGUGUACCUGUUGACAAGGGCAUUUCAAGGAAGGAUGAACUGUUCAACAAAGUCAUUGACUGGAUGGCUGAUAGGGGUUUGAAGUUUUUGGACCCAGACACAGAAGGACUCUACAUAGUACAGGUUCUAACCAAUGCUUUGUGGUACAUCACUAACCAGCAAACAGUAAUAAAUGACAGAAGCAGAAGGGAGGUGGCAGUUUACUCUGUACCAACAGCUUUUGAGGACUUUGUAGGGUUUAAUGAUCAUAGACGCAAAAAACUGAAAGCCCAGCCACUGGAGUCUAAUGUGUUAAAGUCACAUGCAGAGGCGCUUUUUAGUUUGUGCACAAGACCAUUGUUAAGAAGUUCCCCACAAUGGGAGCAGGCAUAUCAGGACAUUAAAGAUCUAGCUUCAUGUUUGUGGUCUUACCAUAGUUACUUGGACAGAAAACGACAUGUAUCUGAAACUUAUAGAAACAUGGACCAUCCGGCCAGGCCGAUAGCAAAAUAUACUUCAAUAUAUACUGUGCAUAAAUGUACCUCUGAAGUGAAACACACAUACAAACUACUUGACAAAGCAUUGAAUAUUGCAGAUUUGUAUGAACCAGUCUUUUUUGAUGAAAACAUUCAUUUAAAUUUACCAUUUAAUGACAAUAUGCAAAGAUUGAGGUUCUUCGAAAAUGUCAAUCUAUCUGUUACUGUAGAUAUUAUCAAGUUUUGUCCUGGGGGGAGUAUUUUAACUGUAUAUUGUUUUUGUAAGGUACCUGAUACUAGAACUGAUGCUCAGAAACAAACUGAUGCAGGUUCUUUAUUGUUAAAAAUAAGACCACAACUCCCGGAGUAUCAUACAAUGUUUAUGAAACAGCAAUUCAAACGCAGAUUAGGCAAUGUUGUUUCUAUACAGCCAGGGGUAGUGGAUAUGAUCUACAAGGAGCUUGCCUUGGAUGCUUCAGCAACUUCACACCCAGACUUUCAGCAACGCCUAAGAUUGAUAUAUAUGGGUGAAACUGGUCUUCUUCCAGAUCUGAGAAAAAUGAAUACUGGUCGCCCGUCCGAUAAAUUUGAUGUUUUUUUUACCAAGCUAGGAGAGAUAAUAGAAGAAAACACAGCAGCUGAUGAAAGAAGACAUAAUGAAGCCCACAUGUCCCAGUAUCUGUCAGUUAAUGACCUUGUGACUCAAGCCGCAGAUCAAUGUCCACCAGGUUCUGAAAUUCCAUCCAAUGCAUUGGUAAGGUUGCAGUUCAUGCCAAAGAACCCCUAUUCUAAAACUGCUCUGGCUUUUACUUCAAAGCUGCCAAUACAGUACAAGAUUCAAAGGCGUCAGUUACGACUUGCUCACCCCGAUGACCACUUUACCUUUGCCUUGUUUAAGUAUCUGAGAAGUUUUGCCGUAAAACUAGGAGACUCCUGCACUCUAUUCUGCUGCGAUGACAAGGCGAAAGUUCAUAUUGGAGAACCUGGGGUUGCUCUUUCUACUGGUGUACGUGGAAAGAAAAGUAUAGCCCCUGCAAACACAACACUUGUAGCUACUGAUCAUGAUAUGCAUCAUAAAGGUAGUUUGACACCAUCAGUUUAUUUGAAAUGUGAUGUACCAAAAGACAUGAAUGGAUCCUUCUACAGAGGAAAAGUCACAACUGUGAUUAAUGACUCAGUGUUCCAAUCAUCUAAUCCAAUGAGACAUGCAGCAGUACUGGCAAGACUUGUGAAAAAUGACCCUUCAUGCCCAAAAGUGUUUCUUAGAUUUACAGAUGGUGGCACUGAUCACAGAAAUACUUUAGAACAUGUGAAAUGUGCGUCUAUUUGCUUGUUCAAGGAGUUGGAUUUGGACAUGUUCGUAGCCUGUAGGUGUGCUCCGGGUCAAAGUUUUAUCAACCCAGCAGAGCGAGUUAUGUCCAUCCUGAACAUUGGGCUCCAAAAUUGUACUCUUUCUAGAGAAAAAUCUGAAGAUGCAGUUGAAGAUGUUUUGAAGAAAUGCAACUCUAUGGAUGAUCUUCGCAAAAAGGGGACUGACAUUUCUGACCAGUGGGCUCAGUCGAUAGAACCUGUGAGACAGAAAGUGAUGAGCAGAUUCUUAAGGCUAGCUUUGAAGGGGGAGCCAAUACAGGUGAUGGAUCCUGUUGGAGAUGAAGAAAUAGAUUUGCUGAGUAAGCAUCUUAAUUACAUGUUCCCGAAUAUGAACACAGAAAAGCUUGUGAAAUCAGAGACCAACAAGGUCAAGGAAUAUAUUGUAUGGCUUGAAAAUCAUUGCCGCCAAAGACAAUAUUCAUUUCAAAUAAAGAAAUGUGGGAAUCCAGAUUGUUGCAGUCCAGCAACACUCGAUCUAUCCUGGCUACCUGAGAUCCUGUACUAG